AUGACAACUCGGUAUCGCGUUGAAUAUGCGCUCAAGACUCAUCGGCGGGAUCAACUGAUUGAAUGGAUUAAAGGCCUGCUGGCCGUCCCCUUUGUUCUGCACUCGCAGCCCACCGCCGUCUACCAAGAGCACCGCGAGGGGUUGCAGACCGUCGCCGCCGACACUUACCAGCGUUACGCGGAAAUCAUGCGGGAUGUGGAAAAGCUAAUAGUUGAUCAUAUCGCCCACCACGAUCGGGAUGCACCCGGCAAGUCCAAAUUGAAACUUCUCGUGCCCUCCGUUGGCACCUUUUUCACUCGCUUAUAUCUCGAGGACGCGUUCAAGUACCAAGAUGAGCAGCGCUUCAUUAGUAGGCGACGUUUUGUCGCCCCCUCAUUCAACGAUAUCCGACUGAUCCUGAACUCCGCCCAGUUGUUGGGCCUUGUGCGAUCUAGUCAAGUACAGCUAGUGACCUUUGACGGAGACGUGACGCUCUACGAUGACGGUGCCUGCUUGACCCCCGACAAUCCCGUCAUCGCACGCAUUCUACGCCUGCUAGAGCAGGACCGUAAGGUUGGAAUCGUGACAGCCGCUGGGUACACUGAUGCGCCCAAGUACUACGAGCGGCUGCAUGGUCUCCUGGAUGCGGUGCACGACUCAACCAUCCUGUCCGCCACCCAGAAGCAGGGUCUGGUCGUCAUGGGUGGCGAGAGCAACUUCCUGUUUCGCUUUGAUCAGAGCUCCUCCGAUCGGCUGGCGUACGUGCCGCGCGAUGAGUGGCUGCUGGAGGAGAUGCAAGACUGGCGGGAAAGCGAUAUUACUGAGCUGCUGGAUCUCGCCGAGUCAGCUCUGCGAGCCUGUGCCGCAAAUCUCCACCUUCCUGCCGCCGUGUUGCGCAAGGAUCGUGCCGUCGGCGUCUACCCUGUCAACGGCACCCGGAUCCACCGUGAACAAUUGGAGGAGACGGUCCUGGCAGUGCAGAAUACCGUCCAGCGCUCGGCUGUUGGGACACGAUUGCCCUUCUGCGCGUUCAAUGGCGGCAACGACGUAUUUGUUGAUAUAGGUGACAAGUCCUGGGGCGUGCGUGCCUGCCAACGUUACUUUGGGGGGAUCGAUCCAUCCAAAACAUUGCAUGUUGGCGACCAAUUCUUAUCUGCUGGUGCCAAUGACUUCAAGGCUCGUCUUGCUUCUACCACCGCCUGGAUCGCAAGCCCUACUGAGACAGUGGAAUUGCUGGAUGAGCUGGAGCAUGCAGUUGACGGAUAG